AUGUCUCGAGUCGCGCUGGUUUUAUCAUUUGUUGGGCCGCUGGUGUUGUCCAAGUUUCUGCUCGAAUCUUUCUCGGACAACCCUACCUUCUUCGAUCGGCUCGUUGUCUUCUGUUUGUCAUGGCCAAUCGCAAGAGAGGUACGCCUGAGACUGGAGCAGAGGGACUUGCGAGCCCGGGCCAGCUCACGAGGAGCGGUCUUGGCCCCACUCGUUUCCUCUCGUCUCCCCUUCGGCCUUUCGGUGCUCUUAACCCGUCUGCGGAUGAUUCACUCGGGCUCCCCUGGUGACGUAUUGGACUUGUUCAAAACCGGCGUCGCUCAACCACUCAACCCAGAUCGGCCAACCAAGGUCUUUCGCAGCCGUGUCAUGGGGGUUGAAACGAUCUGGACCAUGGACCAUGAUGAUGCCAAGUAUUUCCUCUCAACCGGCUUCGGCAACUUCGGCAAAUCCCCGUUAUUCAAGGCCGGCUUCCGCAGACUUCUCGGCGACGGCGUCUUUGCAAGCGACCAACGCGGGCUAUGGGCCUGGCAUCGUAGCCUCACCAGGCCUCAUUUUGUCAGAGAGCGGAUAGCCGAUGUCGUGGCAAUGGAAGAACAUUCUCAGCGGGUUGCUACUUGGCUAUCCACGCAAACCGAACUCGGCAAAAGCGUCGACAUUCAAGACAUUUUUGCGCGGUACACGUUGACCGUGGGUACUCAGCACCUCUUUGGACGAUGCGUAGAUUCCCUCAACGACUUGUUUCACGACCGAACUCAAAACGGACCCAAUGCUGCAGAUUUUGCCCAAAAUUUUGUCGCUGCACAGCACUGGGCGAUAAUCAAUUCGUUACUCCUUCAUCCUCUUUUAAUUUCACUUGGAUUCCGCUACAGAGACAAAGCGACGGAGGAAGUACGACAGGUAGUUGACAGUCUGGUUCAGGAUGCAUCCCAAAGCCUAGCAUCUGACAUCAAAAGCAAUGCAUCUGACACCGAUAAAGUCGAGGGAGGAAUAGUGGCAGAGAACCUGCUUGACCAUCUCCUGACCUCUGGAUGCUCCAAAGAACUGGUCCGACACGAAUGUCUAAACAUCCUGUUGGCAGCAAGAGACACUACCGCCUCGUUAUUAAGCAGCUGUGUCUAUGAACUUGCUCGCGAAAGUACUCGUAAAACCGAAAUCUGGAAAAGGUUGAAGGAAGAAGUUGAGCGCCUCGGUUCUGGUAUUGAUGGCCUCCUCACCCUGGACCAAGUUCGUGAAAUGAAAUAUCUCAGAGCUGUGCUAAAUGAGACGCUUAGACUUCAUCCGCCCGUAUGGGCGAAUACUCGGCAUGCGUUUGAAGAUGACGUGCUACCUUCUGGUGUUUUCGUUCCUGCUGGUACCGAUUGUCGCUACUUUAUCCGAGAAUUCCAAAGGAAUCCUGAGGUAUGGGGAGAGGACGCGGAGGAGUUUGAUCCUGACCGCUGGAUCGAUAGUCGCAAAGCCUUACAGGUUAAAGAUCCCUUCAGCUUUCAACCCUUCAGCGCAGGGCCAAGGAUAUGCCUAGGGCAGCAAUUUGCCCUCACCGAGGCGUCGAUUUUGAUGAUUCGAAUUUUGGAACAAUUUGAUGGGGUAGAUUUAGACUUAAGUGAAGGCCCUGUUGGCGCAGAAGCCCCUGCGGUUAUACUUACCUUCAGAGGAGGUCUGAAAGUCCGAUUCAAAAGAUGA